CUGAUUGGCUGCUGCGCAGUGACGUAGGAGGCCGGGCACAGUGCUUGUGGAGCUGACAGAUGUAACCAAGACUCCCUGGUUGACCUUGCUAUUGAGCGCUGCCUACAAACACACCGUCCAGGAAAACACAACAACCCCAAGCUAUGUCACACAUGUCAGUGCCCGCGGUACCCAGAACGGGGUUCACGUUUUCAAAAGAGCAUCUGGUGGUGGCCGUGCCGGUUGCAGUGGUCGCAGCUGUCGGCGGUUUCCUAGUCAGCCAUUACCUGAACGGGCGGAGCUGUAAAAAGGGCAUGGUGAACACCUGCGUCAGCAAAGACAGCCCCAAAGUGGUCCACAGCUUCGACAUGGAGGACAUCGCCACCAAGGCCGUGUACUGCCGCUGCUGGAAGUCCAAGAAGUUCCCUUUCUGCGACGGAGCCCACGCCAAACACAACGAGGAAACCGGGGACAACGUUGGGCCGCUCAUCAUCAAAAAGAAGGAUGCCUAAGCCACCCAAUCAGAGAGCCCCGCCCUCCAUUCCCUUCUCGGUCCCGCCCCCGCCCUGGUUUUCCCCCUAUCACAUAUCGCCGUCAUCGCAGUGUCCCACUGAUGGUCACGGUAUGGCGCUGUUGAAAUGAAAUCAAACCGCGGGUAUUACUCGUAGCCCAGAACAGAGAAUGUCCUGAAAAUAUGUGUUUUGAUUUCAUACCCGCCACUCGUUUCUACAUGAAUGGCUUUGAAAUCAAAGGUCCUUAGAGCCGAGAUAAGGAAGGGACUUUGACAAUCAGCACAGUCACACAUGAGGUACCAUGACUGGGCAGUUUGCAUUUUGACCUACUUAUUAUGAAGAGUUUAGUUUAAAUUCUCCCUAGUCCUGAUUCAUAACUGAUCUGUUUCACCAUGCAGGCAUUGUACGGUCACAUCUGGUGUCACCUGUGUCACCUGUGUCCCCUCCGUCUUCACUCCUCCGGGGGUUGAAACACGAUGAACUGGCAACUCUUAAUCUCAGUCAGCUCAUUUUGAAUUCAGCCGAGGCCUUCUACUUAAAUCUACGACCCAAUUGAA